CCAAAAUGUGUUUAGUUGAAGAUUGGAAUUUGCUGAGAAAGGAUUACAGUGUGUAGUCUGUGAUUAUAAGAUUUGUGUAUACCUUGUCGUAGUGUGUAAACUUUUAUCCUUGGAUUAAUUAGUUUUAUUAUCCGUUUGUACUUUUAUGUAUCCCCCAAAGAUGUGCCAUAGUUGUUGAGAAGGUUUCGCUUUGAGGAUGGAGUGGAAGAUCAUUCUAACCCUACUGUUAAGCGUCAUUGCUAUAGCAACUGGAACUAACUAUAUAGCUGACGUGUACGAACUUGACCCAACUUCAAGCGAGGUUUUCUUUCAGAAUGCUGUGAUGGACAGAAGAACUCGUAAAAUAUAUGUUGGUGCUAAAAAUAGAUUGUAUGAAUUUGAUGAAAACCUGGAUGUUAUUACAGAAGUGAAAACUGGGCCAGCAUUUGAUAAUCCCGCCUGCCCUGUGAGGAAAUAUGCUUGUGAUGAAGAAAAGAAAGAGUUGACACAAAGCUUCAGUAAAGUUAUUCUGAUUGAUUAUGAAAACAAUCAUCUAAUCCACUGUAUCAGUUUGUAUCAAGGAUCCUGUUUUAAGGGUGACAUUAAUAACAUCAAGAAUUUGGAAGAAAUUGUUGUUGAUGAUGCGCUUGUGGCGAAUAAUGACUCUGCAACUUCUUUUGCGUUUAUCACACCUGGACCAAUUAAAGAUGAGAAAGGACACUUUGCAAGCGUGAUAAACAUUGGUGUGCAAUAUACCAACAAAGGCUUUCAACGAGACCGAGUUUAUUGCUUUGCUACAAGAAAAUUGAAUAACUUUGAGCUAGCAUAUAAAAGUCUGUUCAGAAAGUCUGCUACGAUUUUAGACUCAAACAAUAGGCAAUUGUUUCCUAUUAAAUAUGUAUAUGGAUUUGGCUCACAAGGAUUCAGCUAUAUGGUGACAGUACAAAAACCAUCACCCACCCUCGAGUCUUACAUUACGAAAAUCUUUCGUGUCUGCCAAAAAGACCUGCAAUACUAUUCUUAUGCUGAGGUCCAGCUGCAGUGCUGGCAUAACGGGGCUUUGUAUAACCUUGCUCAAGCUGUUUAUGUCGGUAAAGCUGGUGUCCUGCUCGCAAAGCUGUUAAAUAUACCCGAUACGGAAGAAGUACUAUACGUAUCUUUCUCUAUAGGUGACCCUCGAUCAAGUAACCCUACAGAAGACUCAGCAUUGUGUGUCUAUCCAAUGCGAACAGUCCGUAGGAUAUUUUCAGCUAAUAUUCAGGACUGUUUUAAUGGCAAAGGCAAUACAGGCCCUGGGUAUUUUUAUGAUGCAGUUCGAUGUAAACACACACCAAACCUACAAGUUAAUGAUGAGUAUUGCGGUGAUCAUAAAGAGGUCAAUUCUCCGACAGAUGGUACAGAUCCUAUUUCUCAAGAAGCUGCAAUCACAUUUCCCAGUACUAUUUCAUCUUUGACCAUAGACAUAGUGAAUGAAUACACAGUCGCUUUUGCAGGCACUAAGAAAGGACAUAUUUACAAGGUAUUUUCUUCAUAUUCAUUUAUUAUAGGAUCCUUUUUUGGCAAGUUAUUAGAUAGAUUGCUUAUGUUUCGGGUUUUUAAUCAUUUACCAUCCCCCACCCUUUUCCUACACUUUGAUUUUAUGAAUUUAGAUCACAUGAGCUGAGAAGCAUCUAUUUUC